ACCUUCAACACGCCACGACAUCCCUCGCGCUCAGCCAACAGUGUCGGACCCUCGAAGAACGUGGUGCGAUCUGAUAUAUCUAAUUUUUGACGCUCACUUCGCUAAAUUUCAGCCAUGUCGGCUCCAAGCGCCCGUCACUGGGAGCAGAACAAAGAAGCCACCGUAUACGUCGGUAAUCUCCAUGAGCGCGUCACACCCCGCAUCCUUCACGAGCUGAUGCUCAACACCGGCCGUGUACGCAAUGUGAAUAUGCCAGUCGAUCGUGUCAAUGGGCAGCACCAAAGUUUCGGCUUCGUCGAGUUCCACACAGAAGCUGAAGCCGACUAUGCUUCUAAAAUUCUCAACAAUGUUGCACUUUACGGAAGCCGGAUACGUGUGAACAAGGCAUCCGCAGAUAAGCAAAAGAAUGUCGAGAUUGGCGCAGAGCUGUUUGUUGGCAAUCUCGAUCCAGGCGUAGACGAAAAGACUCUGUACGACACAUUCAGCCGAUUCGGACCACUGGUGAAUGCGCCAAAGGUUGCGCGCGACGAAGUCACAACCGCGUCCAAAGGCUACGGUUUCAUCUCCUACGGCGAUUUCGAAUCCUCAGAUGCGGCCAUCGCCAGUAUGCACAAUCAAUACAUCAUGUCUAAACAGAUUACAGUUCAGUACGCGUAUAAGAAAGAUGGCAAGGGCGAGCGACAUGGAGACGAGGCCGAACGUAUGCUUGCCAAACAAGCCAAGGCUCAUGGAGUUGCACCUGUUGUUCAGCCUCUGCCAGCACAUCUUUUCCAGCUUCCUCCGGGCGCUGCUCCAACGGGACCAGCUAUGCCUGUAGAUGGAAGAGGCGUACCCGGCGCGCCAAGCGGACCAGGAGGGUAUGGUCCACCGAGCGGGCCUCCUGGCUUUGUCCCCAACGGACCCGCAGGUUAUGGCAGACCACCUUCUGCCGCUCCUAUCGGCCACCCGUCACUCCCUCCUCCUCCAACGGGCCUGCCUGCUCGCCCACCGAGCGGUGCCCCAACAAAUUUCUUCCCUCCACCUCCGGGAUUUGCAGCUCCACCACCAGGCUUUGGGGCCCCCCCACCCGGUUUUGGGGGCCCUCCAGGUUACGCACAAGCACCUAGAUAGAUACAGUAAUGCUUGGGUAUAAGAACAGGCAGUAGCAGGUCUAUCGCUGCAUACAAAAGCGUCGCGCCCUCGAUGCGUCCAUCAUAGGUGCUUCAAGCACGUGCUAGGGAUCAGUCACUAAAGCUUAGCCUGCAGCCAUACCGCCAGCACAUGGUAGAGUUGAUCCCAGUGUCGAUCCCUGGACGCCGCUCCGACGUUGCAGUAUAAAGUCACACAUAGAAAGCAAGGCAUACAGUAGGAUAACUCUCACGCAGAGAUAUAUGAAGAUCUAUUCGAGGGAAUGCUGUAAUAGUUAAUAGAAGAGAAGGAACACGAGACGCAAAUGAAAGAAAGCAAAGACACUUGGCGCUGAAACCCAUAUGUGCAGACCCACGUACGUCUGCUCAUCUCAAGCCG